AGGAUUAGAGUAGUCUCAGAGCAGUAACCGCAGCAAGAGCAUGAAGUGAUUGACAUCCUCUAGAAAAUUACAAAAUUUAGAUUUCCAUAGCUUAAAAUUUUAUAAGAAGAUAAAAUAAUAAUUAUUAUUGUAUUUAGUUUACCAUAAAGUGAUUAGUUGAUUAAGAACAAAAAGAAGAAUAUAAAUGUGUUUGUUUUUGAUAAAGCGCGGAUCAAUUUGAACUAAAAAAAUUGUGUCGCUAUUAAUUAUUAAGAUGAUUAAUUAAAUACACAAAAAAAAAUUUUUACAAGUAAAAAGAUAGAAAAAAAAAUGGGCAAAGAAUUUCUAUCAUGCAGAAACGUGCUUUGGAUUCUAGUCUUUUGUGGUUUCGCUAUAAAUUAUAUGCUGCGAAUAAACAUGAAUUUAGCAAUUGUAGCGAUGAUAAUCCCUCGAGCAAAGGCCGCUGCAGUAGCCCAGUGUUCAGCAGUUUAUAUCGUAUCACCAGACCACUCGAAGAAUAAAUCGACUGAUUUGUCGCUAUUCUCCACAUCGAGCAUCGUUCCCAAUUCUUCGUUAGAACAAUUGUUUGAUUGGGACGAGUACGAUCAAGGUCUUGCUCUGGGUGCCUAUUACUGGUUACACUGGUUGUCGCAAUUGCCGGGUGGACUUCUAGCCCGGCGUUAUGGCACCAAAACGGUUUUUGGUCUUGGAAAUUUCGUGGUAGCAAUACUUGGAUUGUCAAUUCCUUUUGUUACUCACUAUCAUCUGUAUGCUUUGGUAACAGUCAGGGUUUUGCAAGGAUUAAUUUCGGGUGUAAUGUGGCCAGCUAUGCAUGACAUGACUGCAAAAUGGAUUCCUCAAAAUGAAAGAAGUAAAUUUGUUAGUGCUUAUAUGGGUAGUUCAAUCGGAGCAGCUAUUACUUACCCGCUUUGCGCUCUAAUAAUUAAUUUGUUCAACUGGGAAGCUGCUUUCUACAUAACAUCUCUUCUUGCAAUCAUCUGGUAUUGCUUCUGGUACUUUUUGGUCUUCGACUCCCCGAAUAUCCACCCGAGGAUUUCCCAGGCCGAACAAAAAUACAUUCUAGAGCAUACUGCGGGUACAGUGCAAACAAGUUCCCGAGAAAAAGUUCCUUGGAAAGAAAUAUUACUAUCCGGUCCUCUUUGGAUCACCGCGAUCGGCCAUUGGGGAGGCGCUUGGGGUUUUCUAACCUUCAUGACACAAGCGCCAUCUUAUUUCAACUUUGUUCAUGGGUGGAAUCUAAAAGCCACUGGAUUGUUUUCUGGACUUCCGCACAUUUUACGGAUGAUAGUUUCGUAUACUUACUCAAUUUUCAGUGACUGGUUGCUAAGAACCAACAGAAUGUCGCUGAAAAACGUCAGAAAGCUAGCAAACUUGGUGACUUCAGGUGGAGGAGCUAUUUUAACUCUCGGGUUAGCAUUCAGCGGGUGUCAGCCAACACUCGCGAUAUUAUUCAUGAUGACAGGUACAGCUGUCAAUGGCGCAGUUUCUGCUGGUACUUUGGCAAACUUGGUCGACCUGAGUCCUAAUUUCGCCAGUGUCUUGCUUGGACUCAGCGGACUUCUCACUGGGAUCUCUGGGUUCAUUUCUCCACUAGUCGUUGGUAUCUUAACAAACCACAAGCAAACUGUAGAACAAUGGCGGCUGGUUUUUAUAAUUGCGACGGCAAAUUUAGCGAUAAGCGCUAUUGUUUACACAAUUUGGGGUACUUCGGAUGUCCAACCGUGGAACGAGAGUAAAAAACCCGACGCUGCUGAAGAAGAACUAUCAAAAUUAAAAGUAAAAAUCAAUGACGACUCCCGAGAUACUGAUAAUUUAAAAAUAAAUAAUUUUAAUUGUAAAGCAAAAGAAGAAAAAAAAUCAAUGGCCUAAGAAUAAAAAUAUAAAUAUAAAUAUGUAAAAAAAUAAUAAUAAAAAACUUAAUUAAUGUAUAGUAGGAAAUAGUCGCGCAUUUGAUAAUAACGAUUAUUAAAAUAAACAGCAAUAUAUUUGUACAAAAGAUUAAGAAAAAAAAGAGCUGCUUGUUCAAUGAUUAUUUUAGUGCCUGAUGGUUAUCACUGAAGAGACGGAAACUUUUCAAUGUUUGCUUAAUACGUAUGAUUAUUUCAUCUUAGUACAAUUGACAUUGUCGGCAAUUAUUUUAUUAUUUUUUUUAGUAGCUAUUUAUAAUUGUAAAUAAAUUAUAUUAAGUAUUUGCAUGGGUAAUUAAAUAAAGGAUUAAACUUCA